CAUCUUCACUGCUCACUAGGAUUUCAUCAAAGCAAAAAUUAGAAGAUCAAAAAUGGCUUCUAUUAAUUUUGUUCACUCAAGAAUUGUGAUUUUGGAAUUCUUGAUUUUGGUAUUUAUUGGUAUUUGUUUUAGCAAAUUGCAUGGGAUUAGUGAUUCACAUUUGAGUCUUGAUUAUUACAAGAAAACAUGUCCUUCUGUAGAAGGAAUUGUGAGGAAAGAAAUGGAAUGUGCAUGUCUUUCUGAUCCUCGUAAUGCUGCUUUGAUUUUGAGAUUACAUUUCCAUGACUGCUUUGUUCAGGGUUGCGAUGGCUCGGUAUUGCUGGAUGAUACAGUGACAUUAAAAGGAGAAAAGAAUGCUCCAAACAACAAGAAUGCAUUGAAAGGAUUCAAAAUUAUUGAUAGAAUUAAAAACAGGCUUGAAUCUGAGUGUCCAGGAAUUGUUUCUUGUGCUGAUAUUCUAACUAUUGCUGCUAGAGAUGCUGUUCUUUUGGUUGGUGGACCUUAUUGGGAUGUUCCAGUAGGUAGAAAAGAUUCAAAAACUGCAGCAUAUGAAUUGACUGAUACAAAUCUUCCAACAGCUGAUGAAGGACUUAUUUCUAUUAUUUCUAAGUUUAUGUCACAAGGACUUUCUAUUACUGAUAUGGUUGCUCUUUCUGGUGCACACACAAUAGGGAAAGCAAGGUGUGUGAACUUCAGAAAAAGAAUUUAUGGAGAUUUCAGAAUGACAACUUCUAUGAUGAAUCCAAUUUCCUCCUCAUACCUAAGUAAAUUAAAAUCAUUGUGUCCUCCAAUUGGAAGUGGAUCAUCAGACAACAAUGAAACAUCAAUGGACAAUGUUACUCCAGAAUUAUUUGACAAUUCCUAUUACCAUGUCUUGCUUAAAGGAGAAGGACUCAUAAAUUCAGACCAAGAACUUUAUUCAAGUUUCCUUGCAAUUCAAACUAAGAAAAUUGUUGAGAAAUAUGCUGCAAAUACAAUAGCAUUUUUUGAACAAUUUGCUGAGUCAAUGGUGAAAAUGGGAAAUAUUACAAAUCCAGAUACUUAUGUGGAUGGAGAAGUUAGAAAGAGCUGCAGGUUUGUGAAUACAUAAUAGUGUGUCAACUUUUGGAGUUGUUUAUAGAAAAAAAAAAUUGAGUUUAUUUAUGUGAUACACAAAUUGAAAAGAACAUUGAGAAUUUGUUUGUGUUUUCUAUUUGAUUUGUUUGUAAUUUCUCAAAAAGAAAGUUCUAUGAUUUAUUAUUGAGAAUUGAAGCUUUUGUUAUAAUGAAA